AUGGCCGACGAGGCUGUGCGGGAAGGGGAGGAGCGAUGGGAGAGAGAGGAUGCCAUCCUGGUGGUGGAGCUGGUCCUAGUGGGGGCUGACCUGAGGUUGGUGCUGCAACUGGCCGUGUUGGAGGGGGAGGACGGAGAGGACGAGGAGGACACGGAGGAGGACACGGAGGAGGUAGACGAGGCUGACACGGAGGAGGAAGACGAGGCUAGGGAGGUUGAGGAGUCGGAGGAGGAGGGGGAGGGGGAUGAGGGCGACGAGGCUGUAGUGGCUGAGCAGGAGCAGGGGGAGGAGGAGGAGGAUGUGGACAGGGAGGAGGAGGGGGAGCCUGAGCAUGCUGAGAAGGAGGAGGCUGAGGAGGCUGAGCAGGAGCCAAGGGCGGAGGAGAAGCCCGAGGAAGAGGAGGAGGUGGAGGGGCCUGAAGAGGCUGAGCAAGAGGAGGGGGAGGAACAGGCUGAGGAGCAGGCUGUUGUGGAAGAGGCUGAGGUGGAGGAGGCUAAGGAGGAGCAUGUUGGAGAGGAGGUGGCUGAGGCAGAGGAGGCUGGGGAGUGCGAGGAGCCUGAGGAGGGAGAGGAGGCUCAAGAGGCUGAGGAGGAGGCUGAGCACGAGGACCAGAGGGAGGCGGGCCAGAAGGAGGAAGAAGGGGCGCAGGAGCUGCAGGAGAAGCAGAAAGGGGAAGAACAGCCAGAGGGGCGGCGGGGUCCGAUCCCGUCCCCGCUCGAGGCUCUAGAGGCCUUGCAGUCACAGCUGGAGCCCGAGAAUAAACAAGCCAGCAGGUCCUCCUCUCGGCUCAGACUGAGCUAUUGUCGGAGGCGGCAGCGUCACCUGGAACACCGAAGCGCCCUUAUCCGGGGCAUCCCUGGCUUCUGGGCCAAGGCUUUUGUGAACCACCCCCAGAUGUCAGCCGUGAUCAGUAAGGAAGAUGAAGGCCUCCUUGGCUACAUGACGGAUUUGAAGGUGGAGGAUCUCAGGUUUCCCCGUGAUUGCCGCCAGAUCCUGCUCUUCUUUCGCAAGAACCCCUACUUCCGGAAUGAAGUCGUUGUGAAGGAGUAUGUCCUCAGCGCUGCUGGGUACGGGCCUUCUCAUUCCACUCCCAUCCAGUGGCACCAGGAUUAUGAACAGGAGGCCUACAGUCGCAGGGACCACAACACCAGUCUUAACUUCUUCAACUGGUUCUCUGACCCCAGCUUUGCCAGCUCUAGCAGGAUAGCCGAGAUCAUCAUGGACGACCUGUGGCCCAACCCCCUGCAGUACUACAUGAGGAAGAAGGCCCCAGGAGAGGGAACCGAGAGGAGGACAGGCACGCCGAAAGCACUGGCCAGGGUGCACAGAUUAGUUGAAUACAUGGGUGGAGGAAAGGGAGCAUCAAGAAUUUGAGAUGAAUAUGAGGGAGCAUCGCACUUGACCGAAGCCAGUCCAGAAGCUUCAGAUGCUCAGGCCAGUUCCUCUGCGCAGGAAGUAACCGAAGACUGGUGCGGGGGCGAAACAUGGGGCAGAUUGAGGCCCCAGGAGCCCUGGAAAAACAUUGAAAGGUUGAUAAACAAGGUCAAGUGUGCUUUGUGUGUGUGCACGCGCGUGUGCGCUGGCGCUCGGGUGUGCGCGCUCCCCUUUGGGGAUGGGGGUCGGGGGAGGGCCUGAGCACAUCGGCCUCAUGUGGGUGUUUGACUUCUCUGCCUGGGCAUUGCCGGCCCGUGGAAUGGCUCGGCCUGUAUGCUUGCCCAGAGGGCUAGGUCACACAUGCGUGGGGACUGCAUCCCAGGGGGCAGAGGUCCUUCCCCUGGAGGUGCGGGGGUGCUGGGCAGGGAGCGGAAAUGAGACCAAGGCCCGCUCCCUGGGGCUCAUCUCUUCCCUGGAGAAAUGAGGACGUUCAAGGAAAGGGAGCGACGAGCCAGGGCCAAUGUGUGUAGGACCCAGGUUCAGUGGAUGGAGAUGACAGUCGUCCAGGGAUGCUCCCUGGUGGGUGACCUCAGACACAUCCACUGCAAACGCCACGGGGGAGGCGGGGGGAGAACCCAAGGUUCAUUACUCAGUUGAGCGGGCGCUGGAGCUCUUCCUGGGCCUAGGAAUGCGCACAGGCUCUUGCUGACACGGUCAGCCUCUCAGAAGCAGCAACGAUGAUAGUGAGUGUGGGUCAGGCCUGAUGGCGGGACGGUGGGAGAGGGGACAGAGUGAGGUGGGAAGGUAGGAAGGAUGGCACUCUCAGUCGGGCACAGGAGCCAGGGCGAGCGUCUAAUCUGUGGGGAAAGACACGCAUACACACACACACACACGCACAGAUGCACACUCAGGGGCACAAUCACUCACCCCCCAUACAGACACACUCUUUCAGGCACUCCCACACACUGACACCCACACUCACUCUCACUCACCGCCCCACCCACACUCCUUCACUGACCCACAUCCCCUGACAUACGCCCACUCGGUCCCUCACUCAGGCACACACUCACUCAGGCCCCUCCCCCACAGGCUCCUUCACUCACAUGUCCUGACACUCACACACUGACGCACCCAUGCUCCCCCAGAAGCCCUAGGCCCCUGUUUCCCUAGGGCCCUCGUUUGGGGUCCGCCAGAGUGCAGACAGUCAGAGGGGAGGGGCGGGGGUAGCACGAUUGGUAAGUGCAAGGGACGGGCCACUCACCCGUGUGCUCUCUGUCCCAUGAUGACUCUGGGGCUGAUAUCCCUUAGCCUUCUGUGCGUAGGUCCAUGGAAAGACCUGGAGCAUACAGAGCAGCUGUCUAACGCCACACCCAGGAGGCGGUGAGGUGAGCCACUGGGGUGGUCUUCCCCCAAGCGGACGUCUGCUUUCCUGAGAUGCCUCUGCCUGGGGAAGCUGGCAGACGACCGAGUCCGCUGCCAGUAGAGUGGGGAGAUGUGAGCGUUUGCCCCACGAGGCUCUUCUCCAUCCCCAGCUAAAGUGGCUGCAAGGACAGCAGCCCUGAGGGUGACGGACGAUACUAACAUUCCUGCCCCCCACCGCGCCGCACCCUGUGAAGCUCCCCUCUCCACAACUUCCGGGAAGUACGGCGGCUCUUUCCCAGAGGAGGGUUUGGCAGUCAAACAGCACGGAUGCUGCUUGUCCCUUUCAGUAUGCAGGACAGAUCGCCUAUCCAGCGUCAGGUUGUGGAUUUGAUGAUCUGUAGGACCUAGCCUUGCCCCUUCCAGGGUGGGAAGAGGCGCCUGAGGCUCUAGGACGGAAGGCUUGGCUCUCUCAGACUACGGGGAGACUGGCCUUCUCAGCUUCUUGGUCUGUAAAUGCCGGGGUACCCGCCAGCUGGCCAUUGGCUCCGCUUGUGCAGGUCAGAUGAAAGUGUGACCUCAGAAUCCGCAGCGGGACCAGGAUAGCUCCCAUGUUGGCGCACGGUCUGAGGGUUGUCCUAGGCUGGGCCGUUUUGGUGGACCGCAGGGUGUUCCUCUACACUUGUGCGGUUUGCUCGGGUGUUGCUGAGGACGUAAAGAUUGGGGGGAGAGUUGGGCAUAGGGGCCCCCACCUCUCAGCAUCUCUGGCCAGCGCUCGGGCAACGGCGUGACGUUGAGGCCCGGCCCGGAGAGAAGGGUGAGGCGGGGGUGGGGGGCGGAGGCUUUGGGAGAUCAGGGAGCCCCAGAUGUCAGGAGUCAAUUGGAUGCUGAGGGCGUCAGGGCCAGGGUCCCCAACAGGAAAGCGGGGAGCCGGGACAGCUCAGACAAAACUGUGCUGGCGUCCCGUUUGACCGCUUGGAUAAGACCAUGAGAGCAUCCUGUCUAGCAGGCUCUGCAGGGGUGACCUUUCCAGCACGACCCAAAACCAAGCCACUAACCAUGACACAUCCGUCGCUGUCACGAGCUGAGGCACUUAGUCUCGAGAUGUCGGCCCACAAGACCCAUCAUCACGGUAGACGGGGGCGUGAUCCAAGCCCUGAUUGGCAACACUUUGGCAACAAAUCCACAGGCGGUCCACACUCAAGGUCCUGGAAAGAGCUUAUAAGAAACCCUAAGUCUGAACGGGAACCCAGCAGCCUUCUCAGGGACUUUUGUACUCUGGCUCAAUA